AUGUUUAGUCCAUUGCGGAAACAUCAUCCGUUAUUGAAGGUGGUUAAUCAUUCUCUUAUUGAUUUACCAGUCCCGAGUAAUAUUUCUGCUUGAUGAAAUUUUGGUUCUUUAUUAGGGCUUUGCUUAAUUAGUCAAAUUUUAACAGGCUUGUUUUUGGCUAUACAUUAUACGGCGGAUGUAAAUUUGGCUUUUUCUUCUGUCGCGCAUAUUUGUCGGGAUGUAAAUUAUGGGUGGCUAUUGCGUAACCUCCAUGCUAAUGGAGCUUCGUUUAUAUUUAUUUGUUUGUACUUGCAUAUUGGACGAGGUUUGUAUUACGGGUCCUAUUUUUAUAUAGAGACUUGAAAUAUCGGUGUUGUGCUUUUACUCUUAACAAUAGGUACUGCUUUUUUAGGGUAUGUCUUGCCUUGGGGUCAAAUGUCUUUUUGGGGAGCUACGGUAAUCACUAAUUUGGCUUCUGCGAUCCCUUAUUUAGGGUCUGAGUUAGUACAAUGAUUAUGGGGGGGUUUUUCUGUUGAUAAUGCAACACUAACUCGAUUUUUUGCAUUUCACUUUUUCUUGCCUUUUAUGAUUGCUGGAUUAGCUAUUGUACAUUUAUUAUUUUUACAUCAAACAGGGGCCAAUAAUCCGACAGGUCUUGUUGGGGAUAUUGAUAAAGUACCAUUUCAUACUUAUUUUUCUUACAAAGACGUGGUGGGGUUUAUCUUAAUAUUAACCGGGUUAAUAUUUGUUGUGUUGUUUUCUCCUAAUCUUCUAACUGACCCGGAGAAUUAUAUCCCUGCUAAUCCUUUAGUUACGCCUGUUCAUAUUCAGCCAGAAUGAUACUUCUUGUUUGCAUACGCAAUUUUACGGUCUAUUCCAAAUAAGUUGGGGGGGGUUGUAGCUUUGGCUAUAUCUAUUUUUGUUUUAUUCUUCAUGCCUUUUGUUCACUCAAGUCGGCAAGCAAGCCAUGCAUUCCGGCCUUUGUCCCAAAUAGUUUUUUGAUUAAUAGUUGUGAAUGUAAUCUUAUUAACUUGGCUUGGGGGGCAGCCUGUAGAAUACCCAUAUAUUUUUCUAGGUCAAGUGGCGUCUGUAGUUUAUUUUACUAGAAUCCUUUUAUUGGUGCCUAUCGUCGGGUAUGUUGAAAAUAAAUUAAUAUUUAAUU